AUGGCCGGAAAUUACACUAUCAGUGUCGGCACCGUGGGCGGCGGUCUCUCCGUCAGCCCCGACGGCGGUGAGACCUGGAACCGCAUCCGCAAUCCCCUGCCCACCGAGUGCAAUAUCCGCGCGCUGGCUGUCGACCCCAGCAACCGGCAUCGCAUCUAUGCUGGAACAGACAGCGGCCUGUACCGCUCCGAUGACAACGGCUUCACCUGGGAUUACCUCGAGUCUCCCAUGGAUGACCUGCAGAUUUGGUCCGUCGGCGUAGACCCUGACGACUCCGACACGGUCUUCGUGGGUACCCGGCCCAACGCCUUCCGCUCCCGCGACGGCGGCCAGACCUGGGAGUCCCUGGACCUCGGCGUACGUAUGCCCUGCCCUAUCGGGAUCCCGCGGACUACCAACAUCAUCGUGGACCCUCGAGACACCCGCACCGUUUGGGCCGGCAUUGAGGUGGACGGCGUGUAUCGCAGUCUGGACGGCGGCGACAACUGGACCCGUCUUCCCGACCUGGGUCCCGACCCGUUCCACGGUGACAUCCACGGCAUGGCCCUCAAGCCGGGCCCCGACUCCGCCAUCUACUGCACGACUCCCUUUGGGAUUUCCACCAGCAACGACGAGGGCGAGAGCUGGGAGCUGCACGAGUUCCCGCGCUUCCACGCUGAGGACACCCGCUCCUAUUGCCGUGGCAUGGUCAUCCAUCCCGACAACCCCAGCGUCAUGUUCGUCGGCAACGGCGACACCAUACCGGGCGUCACCGGCGCGAUCCGCCGCACCCGCGACGCCGGCUCGUCCUGGGAUGCUCCGCAGCUGUCCACGACGCCCAACUCUGUGGUGUACUGGUUUGCCGCCAACCGCCAUGUGUCCGACAUCAUGGUUGCCGCCAGUAUCUACGGCUACGUCUAUGUCAGCAGUGACGGUGGCGACAACUGGGACAAGCUUCAGAAGGAGUUCGGCGAAAUCCGCUCCCUGGCCCUGACACCCAACGAGUAG